UAUUCUCUUGCCUGCGAUAUCGAUGAAAGUCUAGCGCUCACGGAAACUACCUUGAUAUAUGAUUUGGAAUCGCGCUUACGAUCGAACUGCGGAACAAAGGGCAAUGUUGAGCGGCGUCAAUCAGCACAGACCUGCGACCGCGUUGCAUUCCUCGUGUUCGUCAUGUCGUCACUUCUCGUCUGAAUAUGGUCCCAUCAAUGUGAGAGACUUCGAGAGAUAGUGAAUUCGUUAAACUGUUGCCUCAAAUGUUUGACCCCGAGUGAGCUGUGAUUUUAUCAAGCAAGAUCUGACUUUAUACACGAGCCCAUUCCUUUAUAAGUAUCACCAUCGUAUUUUAUCGUUCUCUGCCUUUUCUUUUCUUUCGUUCCUGUUCAUCUGUUCGUUUUCAACGG